AACGAAAAACCCAAAACGCAGCCCAUAUGCUAUGCGCUAGCCUCAGGAGUGCCCUCUCCUUCCAAUUCCGCCGCUACUCUUCCUCGGUUUCUCUUCCUUUCGCUCAUAAUCUCUCUCUCCUCCGCCAUUUAUAUUCGGCGCCUCCACCACUCGCCGCCAUGGCCUCCAACCAACCCAAGGACGAGGCCUACCUCAAUAAGGUCAUCCCCAAGCGCAUCCAGCUCUUCGAGUCCAAGAAGGCCCGUCAACUCGCUCACCUCCAGUCCCUCUCCGCCGAUCCCAUCAAGAUUACGUUGCCGGAUGGGACUGUCAAGGAGGGGAAGAAGUGGGUGACGUCGCCGUUGGACGUGGCGAGAGAGAUUUCGAAGAGCUUGGCCGCGAACGCGUUGAUUUCGCAGGUGAAUGGGGUUCUGUGGGACAUGUCAAGGCCCUUGGAGGCCGACUGUGAGCUCAAGCUGUUCACUUUCGACAGCGACGAAGGCCGCGACACCUUAUGGCAUUCCAGCGCGCACAUUCUCGGCCAGUCGCUCGAGCAGGAGUAUGGUUGCAAGCUCUGCAUUGGGCCAUGUACCACAAGGGGAGAGGGAUUCUAUUACGAUGCAUUUUAUGGUGAUUUGGGCUUGAACGAUGAUCACUUCAAGCAAAUUGAAUCAGGGGCAAUGAAGGCUGUUACGGAAAAACAGCCUUUUGAGCGCAUUGAAGUAUCAAAGGACGAGGCACUUGAGAUGUUUUCUGACAAUAAUUUCAAGAUCGAAAUCAUCAAGGAUUUACCUGUAGACAAAACAAUCACAGUCUACCGAUGUGGUCCCUUGGUUGAUUUGUGUCGUGGACCCCAUAUACCUAACACAUCCUUUGUCAAAGCAUUUGCUUGUUUGAAGGCUUCAUCAGCUUACUGGAGGGGGAAUAAAGACCGCGAGAGUUUACAAAGAGUUUAUGGAAUCUCUUAUCCUGAUAAAAAACGUCUUCAGGAAUACAUCAAGCAGCUGGAAGAAGCAAAGAAAUAUGACCACAGAUUGGUGGGUACAAAACAAGAGCUUUUCUUUUGUCAUCCACUCAGUCCAGGAAGUUGGUUCUUCCUUCCGCAUGGGGCUCGGAUAUACAACAAAUUAAUGGAUUUUAUACGUAGUCAAUAUAGGGAGAGAGGUUACCAAGAGGUUCUUUCACCAAAUAUGUACAAUAUGCAACUUUGGGAAACCUCUGGUCAUGCUGCAAAUUACAAGGAGAAUAUGUUUGUAUUUGAGGUAGAAAAACAAGAGUUUGGACUGAAACCAAUGAAUUGCCCUGGGCACUGUUUAAUGUUUCAACAUAGAGUUCGUUCAUAUAGAGAACUUCCUCUUCGGCUUGCUGAUUUUGGAGUUUUGCACCGCAAUGAAGCAAGUGGUGCUCUCACUGGAUUGACUCGUGUCAGGAGAUUUCAGCAGGAUGAUGCUCAUAUCUUCUGCCGGGAGUCCCAGAUAAAAGAUGAAGUACGUGGUGUCUUAGAAUUCAUCAAACAUGUGUAUACUAUAUUUGGGUUCACUUUUGACUUGAAGCUAUCAACGAGGCCUGAGAAAUACUUAGGAGAGUUGGCUACAUGGGAGAAAGCCGAGGCUGCUCUUACAGAAGCAUUGGACGAGUCUGGGGAGCCCUGGCAGAUAAAUGAAGGGGAUGGUGCAUUUUAUGGACCGAAGAUAGAUAUCAGCGUAUCUGAUGCAUUAAAUAGGAAAUUCCAGUGUGCAACAUUACAGCUGGACUUCCAGCUUCCUGCUCGUUUCGAAUUGUAUUACUCAGCAGAGGAUGAAGCAAAGAGGGAAACACCUGUUAUGAUACACAGAGCCAUUCUAGGGUCUGUUGAGCGUAUGUUUGCUAUCCUGUUGGAGCACUACAAAGGGAAAUGGCCCUUCUGGCUUAGUCCACGCCAAGCAAUUGUUUGCCCAGUGUCGGAGAAAUCUCAGCCAUAUGCUCUACAGGUGCAAGAUCAGAUAUUUAAAGCUGGUUAUUAUGUUGACGUGGAUACUACUGAUAGAAAGAUCCAGAAAAAGGUGAGGGAAGCCCAGUUGGCGCAGUACAACUAUAUAUUGGUUGUUGGGGAGGAAGAAGCCAACACUGGACAGGUGAGCGUACGAGUGAGAGACAAGGCAGAUCAUUCAGUAAAGAGCAUUGAGAGCCUACUGAAGCACUUUGAGGAAGAAAUUGCAGCAUUCCAUUAGGCUUUUGUUUUCGUGGGAUAUUAACAGUUAUAUCUCACUUCAUUCUUAUCAGAAUGAUACGUACGAUGCCCUUGUGCUUUGAUUUACAUCAUGAUUCUUCCUUUGGGCUUUUGUCUCUCCAUUAAAGGAUUGGAGUUUAUUUAUUUCUUGAUUUUCUAUUA